CAAUUGAAUAUUUGGCAGACCAAUUGUUGAGGUACUUUUGCAUUUAUGAUAUUUUAAGGUUACCAGCGUUUGUCAUCCUCUGAAAGAAUUGUGAAUAUAAGGAGCUUCCUUGCUUACCAAAAGCCCACAUCAUCAGAAAGAAAAGCAACCAGGGAAGACAAGAAAAAUGGAGAAGGCAGCUAUUCCAACUCAGGCACCCAGGGCACCAGUGACUGGUGAAAGAAAGAUUCGAGAUGACCUGGAAGAAAAAUUACCAAAGCCCUAUUUGGCUAGAGCACUGGAAGCUCCUGAUGUGGAACAUCCUAAUGGAACAGCAGGACGUGAGAAUAAUGGCAUGAGUGUUCUUCAGCAACAUGUUGCCUUUUUUGAUCAAGACAACAAUGGAAUUAUUUAUCCCUGGGAGACUUACAGAGGUAUACGGGAUCUUGGUUUCAAUCCAAUUAUCUCUUUUUUCAUCGCAAUUCUCAUCAAUUUAUCAUUGAGUUAUGCUACUCUCCCUGGAUGGCUGCCAAAUCCGUUGCUUCCUGUCUACAUAGAUAAUAUACACAAAGCUAAGCAUGGAAGUGAUUCAGCAACAUUUGACACUGAAGGAAGGUUUAUGCCGGUGAAUCUUGAGAACAUUUUUAGCAAGUAUGCUCGCACGGAACCUGACAAGUUAACUUUGGGAGAGAUUUGGCGGAUGACUGAGGCAAAUCGGGUGGUAUAUGACUUCAAUGGCUGGAUUAUGAGCAAGUCAGAAUGGUUGUUUCUGUAUAUAAUUGCCAAGGACCAGAAUGGUUUUCUGGCUAAAGAAGCUGUAAGGCGGUGUUUUGAUGGAAGUUUGUUUGAGUACAUAGCCAAAAUGAAUAAGGGUGGUGAUAGAAAGAGCCGCUGAAAGCAGUGUUUGCUGCUGUUCGAGCAGGAGCUAUCAGCAAAUCUAAUUGCUAUUGCAGUUCUGAUGUAAUAAGUGUUUUGGAAAGAAUACUAAACCAAGCAAAUAGUAUACUGCAUGUUGCAGAUCAAAACACUAACUGCUAUGGUUCUUCAAACAUAUCUGUAUCAAAUUCUUGUCAUCAUAUUAUUGGUUAUUAGCAGGAAAAAAAAAUGCUAAGCAAGUGGAAAAGUGUUGAAAGUUAGUCUCUGCUUCAAUACUCUGCUGGGAGUGAAGAUAUCAAAGUCGUAUUGAAGAAGAAGGCCUUAUCAGCCACUUACUUAGCUAUUUAACUUUUCUGUUGUUUCAAUUUUUUCUGCUAUUUAGCUUUUUCAGUCAAGCAACGUGUUUGCUUUUGCACAAUUGCAGCAAAGGACAGCUGACGAUUUUAGUGGCUGCACCUUGUGUUAAACAGCUUUUCCUUCAAUUUUUUCUGCUAUUUAGCUUUUUCAGUCAAGCAACGUGUUUGCUUUUGCACAAUUGCAGCAAAGGACAACUGACAAUUUUAGUGGCUGCACCUUGUGUUAAGCAGCUUUUCUUUAUUUUAAUAUUUUACCUAUUACUUUUAUAUUGUUAGUUGAUAUGGGACUUAAUGUGUGAAUGCAAAAAACUGCCUUCUUCA